GUUCAUCACAAACAGAUCAACGAUCAAUAUGAAAAUCUUUCUCUGCUUGCUUGCCGUCUCAGCAGUGGCUAAUGCUGGCUUCAUUGGCGGUGGUGGUGGCGGUGGCCAUGGCUCCGGCGGUGGACACGAUCAUCAUGGCGACUCCAGUGGCCCGGCUCCCGAAGUCAAAGUCAUCAAAGUGAUACACGAAUCAGGCUCAGCUGGUGGAGGCGGCGGCGGUGGCGGUGGCUGGCAACCAGCUGGCGGUUGGUCUGCAGGAGGCGGCGGCGGUGGCUAUGGAGGUGGUGCUGGUGGUGGCUAUGGCGGUGGUGCAAGUGGAGGAUAUGGCGGUGGUUAUGGCGGCGGCUCUGGAGCUGGCCAGGAAGUCAAAAUCAUCAAGAUCAUCUCACAACCUCAAGCAGCUGGCGGUUAUGGCGGUGGCUCCAGCGGUGGUUGGUCUGCUGGCGGUGCUGGUGGCUCUUCGGGAUGGUCAUCUGGUGCCAGCGAUGCCACAGCUGCUGUCAAGAUCAUCAAGAUCAUCUCGGAGAGCGCUGGCGAUAGCGGUGAUGCCUCCGGCUGGUCUUCGGGUGGCGCCUCCCAAGGUGGUUGGUCCGCUGGUGGUGCAUCAAGUGGAGGCUGGUCUGCAGGAGGUGGCUCCAGCGGUGGUUGGUCCUCGGGCGGUCCUUCAAGCGGUGGUUGGUCAUCAGCCGGACCCUCAAGCGAUGGCUGGUCCUCUCAAGGAUCCGCUUCCUAUGGCGGUGCCAGUUCUGGCUCCUUUGGCGGUGGCUGGUCUCAAGGUGGCAGCGGUGGACACGGCAGCGGCGGCGGCAGCAGCUGGUAAAAGCAAAAAACAAGA